CUUCAGCUUUCAAUCUCACCCAAUUCCUCCUCUUUUUCUGAUUUCUCUCUCCAAAGUUCUUAGCAAAAAAAACAGAGACCCCUCAACCGAUCGAUGUUAUGUAUAAAUCUUCUUGCAGAAAAAACAGUCCGUCAGUAAACCAAUCACAUAACGGUCUCCUCAGAACUCCGAGGCUCUCUCUAAGCAACCCCCCAUAAGAUUAGUUCAACUUCAACCCCAAGUCGCUGACAUGUUCUUUUCUCACCUCCCCUAAACUUUUGCUUCCAAAUCCCCCUUAAAUUUCAGCAGUUAGGUCAGAUUUCCACCUUCGGGAAUCCCAUUUCAUGCAACCCUUUCGAGCAUUUGCAUGAAUCUUCCUGCUCUCUUCAGGUGGGAAGUCCAUUCCUCCCUGAAAAUUCAACGUGGUAAUCAGAGCCUGCGUGAAACUCCUCUGUAUUUUUGCUUCAAACUGAGAUAAAGCGAUUGAUUUAUGGGUUUCUUCACUGAUGGGUGCCUUAAUCAUUUCUUUGCUAAAUACCCACUUUGAUUUGGAGAAUAUGGGUGCUUCUGGUGGGGAGUUUUACUCAAAGAUGGCUCCUUUUCCUAGACUUUUCACCCUCUCUGUCUCUUCCCUUUUGCUUGCUCUGUUAAGAUUUUUCAGCAAGUUCUUCCUCAGAGUCAGUUUUGGUAAUUGCGAGCGUUCUGGGAUGAAUAAUUCUUGUCGUUCUCCUAACCCUCUUUCUGAAGAAACCAACCAAAUGGUAUCGAAUAAUAAUCUUGUUGAGACAGAAGCUCUACCCGGAAAAGUGGAUUCUUGUUCUGCUAGCCUUGUUUCUGAAGAAACCAAUCAUAUGGUAUCGAAUAAUCCGGUUAAGCCAGAAGCUCUGCCGGAGAGAGCUGAUUCCGAGAGUUCGGAGAGCGUCGGAGAUUCGGAGCUUGGUGAUGUUGAUGGUGCAGAGGCCUCGAAGCCGAGUUUCGUGUUUAAAUUCGAGUACCAGACUAGAGAAAUAUUAAGCAGAAGCAAUACAGAGUAUGAGUUUCUGGCUGACAAGUUUAACCUAUUCAAAGAAGAAGGACCAGAAUUCACAAGCAGCAGCAGCAGCAGAAAAUACGAAUUCAAAGCCGGAGAGAAUGUUAGUUGCUUCGUGGAAGAAGCUAAAGUUGCAACCUUCACUGUCGAAGGAGGAGGAAGAUGA